GCACAAUCCUACGACAUCCAUCCGCCAUGGCUUCAAAAGCGAGGAAGUGGGCAACAAUCAUUUCUUUCACUGCUUCCAGAAUAUUCUUUUUCUUCAUCUUCUUCCAAAUUCCUCUUUUCAGAUUUCCAUGUAGAAUUGGAACAUGCAUGACACCAAUGGAGCUAACAUCUUCUCAUUUACUUGCGAGUGAAGUAAUUCCUUCAGGGGUAGUGACAGCUGUCCUUUACCCUGGAGCCAUUGCGAAAGCUCUUUUCAAUGAUAAACCUAUUCCAAAAUACAAAGCCUUAUUAGACUCAUACAAGUUAAAAAAUCUCAAGCAAAACCCUUCAGUUACUGAUCUUCAACAUAUCGAGGUUUUAGCAGGGAGUUAUUUGGCGAUUGCUGGUGCGAUGAUAGGGUUGUAUAGAUCAAGGAGGUUGGGGUUUUUUGGUAUGAUUUUGUUAAUUUGGGGACUUUCUAAAGAACCCCAUUUCUACAAAAGACAUGAAGUUCUCAAAUAUUACAAAAAUGCCAUUUCGGUUUACUACCCGACUAUGUCUAUCACGGUCGUUUCUGCUUUCCUUUCUAUAAGAAAUGAUGUUAGGAAGAUUGUUUCUUGUUUCAAGUGGAGUUUUUCAAAGUCUAAAUACAAAUGAAGCUUUCGAAAAAUCAUGUAUUUUUUUUUUUUUUUUUUAUUUAGUCCAAAUUGGUUCA